UAGACAUCAAGUCUGCCUUGGAGAUUUGAGGAUCCAUGUACUACUAAACUUUGCACGCGAUCAAUCAUCCAUCGUCCUCGGUCCCGCUCGGCUCGACGUUUAUGAUUCAUACUCCAACUUAUUAGACUGUCCAGUUUCUCCUCCUAACAAGAAACGAUUUUGGAAUGCCGCCUCGCAAAGGGAUCGUCAAGUCCGGCAACGCAGGAAACUCAUCCAAAGCGACGGCGAAACCUGCCCCGAGUGCAGAAACUUCCGGCGCGCCUCAAUUAGAUGGACAGCCACUGUUUCCUCCGGGGUACAAGUAUCCACUGAGCUUGCUGCAAGAGAGAUGCCAAAAGAAUGGAUGGGAAAGGGCAGUCAUCGACACUAGAAGGCAGCAGGCCGGCUAUAGCUUUACGGUCACACUGGCCAGGAUCAACAAGAAGAGCGGGCAGAAGGAGACUGUGCGCAUGGAGCCACAUCCUCCCUAUGUAUCCCCCUCCGCAAUCGAAGCGCGUCACUGGGGAGCUACCUACGCGUUGCAUCGCGUCAGUUCGGGGUUUCCUUGCCGUACUCCCUUUGGGAACGGCUUCCAGUUCAACUACGGCUUACCACCAGGUCCGAGAGAAUACUGGAAUCAGCUGGCAGCAGAACAAGCCAAAUGUCCGGAGCAUCAAAAGUGGAUGUACGCCGCAGAUCCAUUCGCUGCCAAGAAGGAAGUGGAGGAGAGGCAAUCGCAGAGCCUCCGGAAGCGGCAAGAAGUAGCAGCUCCUGCGCCAGAGUCCAUCGAAGACCUGCAACGAGGAUCGGCUCCCCGACCCCCAGCUGCCACGGGGGAGUUCGCACAGGCGCCAGAAGUCAAGAUGGCUGGAGCCCUCCGUGAUCUCACGGAGGAUGCGAUCAAACAAGCCAUUUCGCUUUUCCCAGAAGCGGCCGAUGUUGCGCCGUCGGUUCUCUCGGAGGAAGAUGCGCCGAAUCCAGGCCGCCAAAGCGUGCAAUUUCCUGUCACGACCGUCUGCUAUCACCAGCAAUCUGAUGAACUCGCGAUCCCCUUGGAAGCUGCGAUCGAGUAUCUCAUCUUGCACUUGCCGGAAUGUGAUCUUCCCCAACGAUUUCUGCCGUCGGGAAACUCCUCUGGCUCGUUCGUCACGGCCAUCCACUCGGGCUCGGACGACGUCAAGAGGCGCUGGGUCGAGGACAAGAUGUCCAAGGAGGCAGGAUACCCAGUCCAUGUCGUUCAAGCAUGCAUAGACAGCGAUCAGAGUCUUGUCGAUAACUACGACACCCUCCUCACUUUGCUUGGACGCAAGCUCAUCGGCGUCGACGCCUCGAGCGAUGGCGAGCCAUUCACGAUCGAUCCAGAUGAACUGGAUGCCAUGGGUGCGACCGUCGAAGACGGCAUGCUCGUGAUGCCCCUUUUCAGCGCACCUGUCAAACUACACAUCCCCAUCUCUGAGGAGAAGAGAUAUCCACGGCCUGGUUUCGCGCCACUCUUCGUCACAUCCAACACUAUAGCGGCGUACGUGAGACUGCAUCUCGUCUCGCAGCUGCUGCAGGAGAUGGAGGACACCGAGAACUUUAUCCAGCCGGGCGAAGGGCUCUGCAUGGCCUCUAUGCGUGUAUUGGAAGCAGCGUGGGCAGUAAUCGAGGACGAAGGACCGCCUGAUAUGGCUGUCGUGCUGUGGCACCUCGUUCCCAGGGAGGAGACAGAGGGCGUGGAUUAUGAGCAUGCUGAUGUCCGGGCGCCUGAGGAAAACAGACGCAAGAAGAGGGGCCCGGGAUCCCAUCGCCGUGACGAGCGAAACAGUGCCCAGAUCAAGCAAGAAUUCGAUCAUCUCCGUGCAGGUCUGAAGUACAAGGAUAUGCUUGCUGCUAGACAGAAAUUGCCUGCGUUUACGGCGAAGGACGAAUUUCUCCAUGUCCUGGAUAAGAGUCGCGUGGUGGUGGUUGUGGGAGAGACUGGAUGCGGGAAAACGACCCAGCUGCCCCAAUUCAUUCUCGACGCGCUGAUCGAUGCGGAUGCUGGGGCAUCUGCCAACAUCAUCGUCACCCAGCCGCGUCGUCUGUCGGCGAUCUCCGUCGCAGCUCGUGUUGCGGCUGAACGCAUAGAAGACGGGUCCGUGGGCUAUGCGAUUCGGGGCGAAAGCAAAGUCUCCAAGACAACGAAAUUGCUGUUUUGCACCACUGGUGUGGUUCUCCGCCGUCUUGGUGGAGGAGAUGCGCUGGACGGUGUCAGCCAUAUCAUCGUCGAUGAGGUGCACGAGCGAUCUGUCGACGGUGACUUUCUUUUGCUCGAGUUGCGGGAGCUCCUCAAGAAACACAAGACACUCAAAGUGGUACUGAUGUCUGCUACUAUCAACCACGAAACGUUCAUCCAAUACUUUGGUGGAGCUCCAUUGCUGACUAUCCCCGGAUUCACUCAUCCUGUCACUGACCUGUAUCUGGAGGAUGUCAUUCCCCGCAUCGGCUAUCGUCCACAGGCAACGAAGUUCAGCAAGAAAGAGACUGGAGACGCCCUGAACAAGUUCAGGGAGGAGCAGAAAUCUCAAGGACUAGAUGACGCCAGCAUCUCCGCGAUUCAAACCAUCAGUCGUAACGAACGGAUUGAUUAUCAGCUCAUCGCAGAGAUUGUGAAAUAUAUCGUCACCGAUCCAGACAAGAAGCGCGGCGGCAUCCUCAUCUUCCUUCCCGGUGUGCCAGAAAUCCGGCAAUGCAUGGAUGCGAUGCGGAAAAGCCUUCCGAGCGGCCAGGCCGAGGUCCACCCACUCCACGCGAAUCUUUCGAGCGACGAGCAGCGACGUGUGUUUGUAAAGACAUCCAAGUGGAAGGUCAUCGCGGCCACCAACGUCGCCGAGACUUCCAUCACGAUCGACGACGUCAUCUAUGUUGUCGACGUCGGGCGAGUCAAGGAAACGCAGUUCGAUCCCGAGACAGGCCUUUCGCGACUCGUCGAAACCUACAUCACGCGGGCGGCAGGACGACAGCGCCGAGGUCGAGCAGGUCGAACGCAGCCCGGGUUCUGCUACAAAUUAUACACCAGGAAUCAGGAGAACAACAUGGGCAAGUUUCCUGUCCCGGAGAUUCUCCGUGUCCCCUUGGAGAGCAUCUCUCUGACGGUCAAGGUUAUGCGUGAAGAGGAGGACGUCAAGCUCUUCUUGAAGCGUGCCAUCGAUCCGCCCAAAGUGUCCGCGAUGGAAGCCGCUUGGGCCGUUCUUGAGGAUCUGGGUGCCGUUGACCUACAGGGCCGGCUAACUCCGCUAGGCAGACAUAUCUCCGCUCUUCCCGUGGACCUUCGAUUAGCCAAGAUGCUUGUGCUGGGAACCAUUUUUCAAUGCCUGGGACCUGUUCUGACGAUUGCUGCCGCGCUGUCUUCCAAGCCUUUGUUCCUGACGCCCGUCGACAAGCGAGAUGAAGCUGCGCAAGCGCGGAGUCGGUUCUCCACCGCUGGCAGCGAUCUGCUCACUGAUCUCCAAGCCUAUAACGCUUGCAUGAAACUGCGUGAAGACGGCAAGGGCCAAGCUGCUAUCCGAGACUUCUGUGAAGAUGCGAGUGGAUCCAGUCCUAACUUCAUCUCGGCUACAACCGUGCGGGACAUCACGACUUUGCGAACCGACUUCAUCGGCUCGCUCUGUGACCUGGGCUUCAUCCCCCUGUCAUCAAACCCAGCCUCGCCAGAGUUGAACACAAACAGCGCUAACUACAAUCUCAUCAAGGCAGUCAUCCUGGGCGGGCUCUGGCCACGUGUCGCCCGCGUCCAGCUACCCAAAUCUGCGAUCAAAUUCGACAAGCUCUCCGCCGGGACGAUUCAGCGCGAGAAUCUCGCGAAGGACUUCCGCUUGUACGACAUCCGCGCGGAUUCGGAGCGCGUCUUCCUGCAUCCCACGAGCAUGCUCUUCGAUGUUGCCGCGUGGAGAUCGCCGUUCGUGCCGAUGUAUGCACUGCUCCUGUUCGGUGGACCCGUCACAGUCAACCACGUUGCUGGCGGCUUGGUUGUCGGUACCAAGACGAGCUUUGUUCGGCUGCGAGCCUGGCCGCGAAUCGGGGUGCUUGUCAAUCAGCUCCGUCGGCUGUUGGACGCGCAGCUUCAGCGCUGCAUCGAACAAGGGGCCAUGCUCAAUACCACAGGCCAGAACCCCGUUGUCCAAGCAAUCCUUGCGUUGCUGACCAACGACGGUCUAACGAGUAACGAGUGA